CUUCCCUGCAAUGUCUUUAUUCUGUCAGCAGAUUGUUCAGACAUUGAGCUUGACGAGUGCCUGGAAUUUAUAGACACUUCCGAUUGUUGUCCAUCCGAAGAAAACAGGUAUCCCUCCGAUUAGUUCCGAAUCGUCUUUAUAUUCUCCUCAUUCCAAGUUACCAGGCAUCAGGUAGCUGGAAACUCAAGCCAGUAGCUGAUCGGAGGGUUUAACAUCCUUAACCCUAUUUCUGUAUCCUCCUCUUAUUCCUUAUUUCGGACCUUCACAAAAAUUCGCCAAGAUGAUGGACAUGGUGUUAACCCUCCUUAUAGCGAGCUGCAUGACUCUAACGCAGUUCGCGUUGCAGCUCAAGGAAAACAUGUCCACAUGUGCGUACUCUAAGAACUUCAGCAUGGUUCUAGACUCCGUCGCGAGCAUCCACUCGCUCCUGGAGAACUGCAAGAAGUUUAAGAACUGGGGAGCGACGACGGACGCGGCGAAGAAGGCGUUUCAGAAGCUGGAGGAUCUCCUGAGGAAGUGCACAGGGCUGCUGCAGCGCUGCAUCAGCGCGCGGAGCAAGCUCAUGCAGCUAGUGUCGGACACAACGAUAAAGCUCGACGAUUUCGUGAGCAUGCAUGCUGAGCUGGAGGCCUGCCUGCUCGCGAUUCCCACAGAAGCCAUGCCUGAUGAGCUGGCAGCACAGCUCCAGGCGACGCUCAAGCAGGUGCACGACGGGUGUUUCGAGGACCUUUUCACGCCCGAGAUGAAGCAGCAGCUGCAGGCGCUGCAGCAGGACGGCGGAGGAAGCGGAGGCGCGGGCGUGCGGCGCAGCAGCAGCCUGGGCACGCCGUACACGCAGAGCCAGUUCCCUGCGGGGCAGCUGGCGGAAGCGCUGGGCAUGGACGGCACGGGCGCGUUCCGCAAGGAGCAGGAGGCGCUCGCGCUGGAGAAGCGCAAGGCCGCGGAGAGCAGAGACAAGGCGCAGGAAGCGCUCAUGGAUCAGCUGAUCACCAUUCUGAUGCGCAUGGAGCGCGAGCUCCCCGCGUUCAAGGAGUCUCAGGCCAAGCUGGCCCGCGAGCGAGCAUCUGCAGCAGCUGCAGCAGCUGCAGCCAGCUCCGGCGCUGGGCAGCGCGGCAGCAGCGGGCUCUCGGGCACCUCGUCUGUCCCCAAGUCCCCCAAGGAGCUCCUCAGCCCCACCCGCCGCCGCAUGAUGCUGCUAGCCAACGCUGUAGAUGACAUGACGGGGGAUGCUGCAGGGCUGUCGCUGACUGGCAGCGGCGGGAGCGGCAGCGCGGGUCGGGAGCGCCGAAGCAGGCGGUCAGGUGCGGAGGGGGCGGCUGGGGGUGAGGGCGGGCAUGACAGGCAUGAGAGGUACGACCAGCAGCAGCAGCCGCAGCAGCAGCAGCAGCAGCAGCAGCAUUCGAGGUUUAGGGACGGGGAGGGGGAUGGAGGUGGGAGGACGGAGGAUGAGAGGCACAAGGACAGGAACAGGGCAGUCCGGGGAGAGCGAGAGCACAGGAGGAGCACCGAGCGCAGAGACCGGGGGGGCAAGGACGACCCUGCAGGCACCGGCGCUGGCACCAUGCCUGGGUCUAAGAGCACUGGGGGGGCGGGGACGGACGCUCGGUCCAAGUCACCGUUUGAUAUGGGCGGGAGGAAGGCUGGGGAGGAUAUGGAGUACAUGGAUGAUGCUACCAGGGCUCGCACUGGUAGUUCUAGUGGGCGGGAGAAGGAUAAGAUGGGGAAGACCAGCAGCGGGGGGAGCUCUGCUAGUAGCGUGAGUGGGGGGUCCCGCAGCCGCGCAGGCAAGACGGGCCGGACUAGCAGCGUGGAUAGACCGGGGGGGAACGGGGAUAUGGGGGGGGAGUAUGGUGGGGAGGGCGGCGGGAUGGGUGGCGGGGCGGCCGAGUGCGCCGAUCCGGAAGCUGACCUGGCGGCAUAUGACCCCGAGGCGCCCCAGCAGAUUGUGCAGAAUCUGCUGUUUGGGUCGGCGGAGGAGAAGGGCCGGGCGGCAGGGCUCGUCGGGUGGUACGCGUCAAUCUCAGCUGCCAACCGGUCGACUUUCCGGGAGGCGGGGGCUGUGGAUGCCCUCCUGCCGCUGGCCGUUGGGGGCCCGAGGGACCCUAAGGGAGCGGAAUCCGCGCUUGCUGCUCUGCUGAACCUGUCGUGCGACGAGAUGGGGAAGCAGGAGCUGCUGACGCACCUCCCUCUACUGAUUCAGGCGCUCAAGCGCGCGGAUUUCUCCCCCGCGGCGGGCUCCUCCGCAGCCAAUGUCAUGAAAUGUGCGGCAUCCUUUUCGGAACGCGCUCGGGGGCUGGUGAUCGACGCAGGGGCGGUCCCCCCGCUGGUGAAACAGCUCACAGGGUCAAACAACGAAGGCAUGCAUCCAGGCUAUGAUACUCCAUCCCGGCAGGCGGCAGCGGAGGCUGUUGCGUGUCUCGCUCAGAGCGAAUCCCAGCGAAGCAAGCUGGUAGGGGAGGGUGUGAUUCCAGCCCUGGCAGUGACGUUGCAAGCGAACUUGAACAACGAGACGGUUGUCGCGACGUGCCAAUCGCUCUCGCGUCUCGCGACUGUCCCGGACGGGAGGGAGGCGAUGGGCGAGGCGAUUCCGUCGCUGGUAACCGUGUUACGGCUGGAGUACCCUGCGGCGGUGAGGGACGCGGUGGAGGCGCUGCUGCAGCUGGCGAAGCACAGCCCGACGCACAGGAGUAAUAUCCGGAACAGCGGAGGCAUGCGGUAUUUGAGGAAUGUGCUGCGAUCGGGCCCACCCACCCUACACCCAAAGGCCAUGGAGCUUUUGGCAGCCCUUUUCUCCUAACUGAUUUGGCUAUCAGCUUUUUCCUAAAAGUCGCAGAUACACUUGUCGUGUUACUUGUAGCUUCCUACCUUGAAUGACACAGCUGCAGGUUUCAACUUCGGAAUGCAUUCCCUCGUUGUAGGGGCCAACUUGCCCCUAGGUCUCUUUAUUGGAUGCUAGUAGAAUGUGUAGUAUAGAGCUUCUAUGAAGUUUGACAGUAAUGAGGUUUGGGUAGUAAUGUAAUAAUUUCAAUAUGGUUUGACGCUAUGCGAAGCGUAGAGGACUGCAAUCGAG